GUAAAGCUGUGUGGCCUAUGAACAACAUGAAAGAUCAGUCCAUUUGUGUUUUUGAACAACAAGAGAUAUGAUUUAACAGCUAGAAAUUCUAAUAAUUUAGACAGAUGUUGCAGUGAUGGCUAAGCUAUAAGGCUCAACAGAUCAGCAUUAAAAUAUGAGGCUGAUAUCCUUAGUUUGUUUGCUUUUUCUUCCUGUCGUCCUGUGCACAAAUGAAUCGUUUGUAGCGAUUAUACUAGGCCUGGAAAGGGACUGUAUCAAUUAUUACUGCCGGUACACGGGGCGACUCUAUGGCCAUUUUUGGCAGCCUUACAAGAUUCUACCCCCGGAAGUGGAGAUCAAACCUUGCGUCACUCUGGAGUUUCAGUAUUGCAUCCUUAAAACUCUUAAAGAGUGUAAUGAGGAGGAAGGCAUGUGGUUUUACAUGUGCCCAAUAUGGUCGACCUGUCCCAAUUAUGAAUACUGUAUCGAACAAUCAAUGGAGCAUAAAUGCUCAUGCAAGAAAGGUUCACCAUACACUUUUGCCUCGAAUCUGUUUUUUAACGAUAAGCUGCGUCAUAACUUUUUCCGGUUGGUUUUUUUAAGCCAAACGAAAGGUUACGAUCAACCUUGCCAAAUAGUGGCAUCAAGCAACAUCUUUGACAUCCGGACUCGCCCAGCUGACUGGAAUCCUAUUUAUCUCAAUGGAAAGAAAGAAGUGAUCUUUUGGUCAACGAGUGGUAACCCUCCCCUUCGUGCAGGGUCGAUGUGUGUACUCUUGGGAACUGUGUUUGUCAUUGGUCUAGCUACACUUUUGUUUUAGUCAAGCUUUAAACAUCAAUGAAAGCUGUGAGAAUAAUUCGGCAGCCGGAAUUGCACCUUUUAAAAAAUAGUUUGUUCAAUAUUUAUUUACAGCUAAUUGUUAUAAAUGCAUUCACGAUGUUUGUUAUUACUUUUCAAAUUCUUUAAAAAAAAUAUUCACUGCUGCAUAUCACAAAUCUCCACUAAAUUUGUACUUAAAUCACAUUAUUGAAUUUUUUAAACUGUUGACUAUUAUAUUUUGCAAAUUUACCAAACCACAAAUUCUCCGGAUAACUAAUGUUAUCAAUAAAUAAUGAUACCGCCGAAUGCAACAAUUGUUUUCAUUGAAAUUAAUAGUUAUAAAACAUUUAAUAAUUUUGUA